AUUGAAGCAGUUUUUCUUGUUAUUACGUGACAAUGUCAAACUACAUUCAAUUCUUCCAACUCAACACCGGUUCCAAGAUCCCUUCCGUCGGGUUGGGAACUUGGCAGGCCGAUCCUGGCCUCGUCGGUCAAGCCGUUGCUACCGCUAUCAAGGCUGGUUACCGUCACAUUGAUGGCUCUCCAAUCUACGGCAAUGAGAAAGAGAUUGGUUCUAUAUUGAAGAAACUGUUUGAUGAUGGCGUAGUGAAACGUGAAGAUUUGUUUAUUACCUCGAAACUCUGGAAUGAUCUAUAUCCAAGAGUGCCACACAUAUAG